AGCACUGAGGAUCUGCUGCAGUGAGCAGGGUGAUCUCUCCCAGCCCCCCAUAGUCAGGAUGACAGUGGAGCUGAUUAUCCUCACCUUCCUAGAGAAGCAGAAGGACCAGAGCCCUGAAUAUAAGGAGGCAGUUGAGUCCUUGGCGCAAACUAUCGACAGAGAUGGCAAAUUGGAAACAGACGGGAAUCUCAUUCUUAGGGAUGAGGGAUUCCUCAGUGGGAGCCAGUCAUCCUGGGGAUGGGGUGUUGGAGCCUGGUGGUCAACAAUACUUUCAUCUCUGACCCUUGCAGAUGCUAUGGACCCUGGGCCGCACCCAGGCUUGGAUGACGAACUCUGCCGCAGGAUUGGUGCUCAGCUGGCGGAACUGGGCGACCGCUUUGAGCGGGAGGCGCUGAUCAAGCAGGAGGUGGUGGAGAGUCUCAUUAAUGAGAUUCUAGACGAUUCUCUGACGGAGAGUCGGUUUGAGGCGGUGGUUCAAUCUCUGCUGAAAAACAUCCCGGCCGGCAUCGAGCAAGAGAAGGCUUCGCUGACGGUCGCCAUGUUGCUGACCAGGAAGAUCGGAGAUAGCAUUCCCUCGCUGCUGUGCAGCUGCUUUUCUACUACCGCCAGCUUCAUUCGGGGCAACUUCAACUCCUACUUAGAAAGUCUGGCCAGACAGGUGAGAAACCCGCCGCAGACUGACUCCUGUACUCUGUAA